GUCAUGUAUAUGCAUUUUUUGAUUACUCCUUUUUAUGUUCUGUAAUUGUAUAUAAUUGGUACACAUUCUUAUAAACUGUCAUAUUGUUAACACAACUGUCAUAAUUUUGUCCAAACUGUCAUUUAGUUUGUGCUACGUUCCUACCUGUAUAUGCAUUUUUUGAUUUCGCCUUUUUAUGUUCUGUCAUUCAAUGGUACACAUCCUUAUAAACUGUCAUAUUGUUAACAAAACUGUCAUUAUUUUGUCCGAAGUGUCUUUUUUCAUACUGAAAUAUUUCUUUUGGUGCAUUUUUUUAGGAACCUUUUUACCACAAUGGAUCCUAUUUUACUUGUUAUGGUCAAGGUUGACGGUUUUUGGGAUUCUAACAAUGUGUUCAACAAUGUCCACACAUGUGGCCUUCAUGUUAACUAUAAUGUUCAAUAUGCUUCUUUUAUUAACUCUUUGAGUGACAUCCUUUCUCAGUACAAAGCUAAUCAUAAUUUCAGGCUUUCUUAUAUGCGAGAUGGAUUUCCUCCUCCUGUUACUAUAAAUGAUCAAUCUACCUUAACAUUUUAUCUUUAUAUCAAGUCUCUUCAACCAGAUUUUUCAUUGUAUCCACUUUGUGUUGAGUUUUAUCCUGUUUCAUCUUCUCCUGCAUUUUCUAUUGAUGUUGGACCAUCUGCUUCUCCUUGGUCUGAAAAUGUUGUCAUUUCUUCACAACAACAUACCCCUUAUGAUGAGAAUGUUGUUGUUUCUUCUUCCCAUGCUUCACAACAACAUACCACUUAUGAGAAUGUUGUUGUUUCUUCUGCCCAACAACAUUCCUCCUCACCUACACUUUCUUUUGAUGAUGGCCCACCAUUUGGUCAAUAUGAAAAUGUUAUGCUAUCUGGGGUAAGUUGUGGCCAAUCCGAAGAUAUUGUUUCUUGUGGUAACACUGUGUCUGCAACUGUAGAAAAUGAAUCAUCUGAAGACAAUGAUGACAUGUCAGAUGAUAUGUCAGAUGGCCUUUUAACUAAAUCAUCUGACUCAUUCUCAUUUCUCCAAAAUUUUGAAAUCAUCACACAGUCCCAUCCUACUUGUCUUCUUCUCCAUGCUAUUUACAAAAAUAAAAAAGAACUUAUCCACCAUCUGAAGAUGUAUGCUAUCACAAACCACUUCCAAUACAGAACUAAGACAUCCAAGAAAAUAUGUUUGCAUGUUAUUUGCUUAGAUCCAAAAUGUUGUUGGAGUGUUCGAGCUGUAAAACUACAUGGCGUAACAAUGUUUCAAAUCAGAAGGUAACUUCAAUUUUCCUUCUUUAAUUCACUUCAUUGUAAAUUCCGGUUUAUAAGAAUGUCAUGUUGUGUUGCCAUUCUUAUACAGGACUGUCAACUUCAUAUUAUGUAUUUGUAUACUAAUGUCAUUUUUCUUUUCAGAUUCCGACCAGUUCACACAUGCUCUAUUGAUUACAGACAAGGCAAACAUAGACAGGCAUCUGCUAGUGUGAUAGCAAAUAUUAUUGCACACAAAUACCUUGAUGCUUCCAAUAAACCAUACCCCCCAAAGCAAAUUCGUGAGGACAUGAGUAUGCAGUAUGGAAUUUCCAUGUCUUACAACAAAGCUUGGAAAGCACAGAAGAAAGCAAUGCAGCUGCAAUUUGGUUCUGAUCUUGAAUCCUAUCAGCUUUUGCCUUCAAUGGCUUAUGUGCUUGAGAAAACAAAUCCCGGCUCUAUGUUUAAUCUAGUCACAGGGAAGGAUGAUGCAUUUUCUACCUUUUUUACGUCAUUCAAACCAUGGAUAGAAGCUUGGCCCUACUGCAGACCUGUUCUUAUAUUGGAUGGUUCUUUCAUGAAGGCUUACUAUAAAGGCACUCUCCUUACAGCUUGUUGCCAAGAUGCCAAUGAUCACAUAGUUCCUAUUGCAUUUGGUAUUUGUGGUUCUGAAACUAAAGCUUCUUGGAAAUGGUUCUUAUCCAAAGUUUGUCAAUCAAUAAAGUACAGACAUGACCUGUACGUAGUAUCUGAUAGGCAUAAAGGGCUUAUCAAGGCCGUUUCUGAACUCUUGCCACAUGCUAGCCACGGUUUUUGUGUUGCUCAUCUUGGUCGUAACAUAACAUCAAAAUUCAGAGGAUCUGCAGCUGGUUUGGGAUGGAAGUUCAAAGCUGCCUAUAUGGCAGCAACUAUGAAAGAAUAUGAUGACUACUUAUCCAUGUUGGAUUCUGAAGACCCCAGGAUAAGGACUUGGCUAGACAAAUUAGGUGCUAACACAUGGUCAAAAGUAAUGUCUGGCCCAAAGAGAUAUAAUAUUAUGACAUCAAAUUGUGCUGAGUCUAUGAACAAAGUCAAUGUCUGUGCUAGAGAGUAUUCUGUGUCUAAACUUGUUGAUUUCUUGCGUGAAAGGAUGCAGCAAUGGUUCACAGAGAGGAAAGAUAAAGCUGAGAAAACAAGUACUAUACUCACAAAGAAAUGUGAGAAAUGCCUGGUAGCUUUGCAAGCUGAAUCCACACGUAUGAAGGUUAAACCAUCAUGUGCAUAUGAAUUUGAAGUUGUUGACAGUAGAUGCAAGUCCUUUGUGGUAAACCUCAACUCUAGAAGUUGUACAUGCGGCCACUUUCAAUUAGAUCAAUUUGUGUGUGUUCAUGCUGUGGCUGCAAUCGGUAUACGCCCACACCUUUCAUGUUAUACGUACAUAUCUCCAUAUUACACAACAGAUGCUUGGCUUGCUACAUGGCCUGGUAUCAUGCAUCCUAUUGCUGAUCCUGACAGUUGGUCAAUUCCUGCUACUAUUCAAAACCAGAGAUGCAAGCCACCAAGUUGUUUGAAGCGUCCUCCUGGUCGCCCUAAGAAAUGCAGGAUUCCAUCCAUUGGAGAAUAUAGAGGUUCAAAACGUCAAAAAUGUUCUAGAUGCCAUGUGCUUGGGCAUAAUAAGAAAACUUGUAGAAAUCCAAUUCCAAUUAAUACCCAGUGAUGUAGAUUUGUCCACUCAUUUUAUGUUGUCUUCUGUUUUUUUUGUACUUUUA